UAAGUCUUAGCUCUUCUUCUCGACGACGGUGUAUGAGAUUUAUACAACGAUGAAUCUCUCCACGAGGCUCGCUGAGAAACUUCCCGUAAUCUUACCGGUGCCGUCUUCUCCUCUCCUACGUAAAGGAGUUUCCGAGUUAAGAUUCUUUUCGAUUGCUAACCACAGUAGAAGAUUGAGAUGGGGAUUACAAAAGAAGAUGGUUUGGAGUUUGGAGAGAGCUGAAACCUGUGUAGUGAGCAAUUCAUGUUUUGUUCAUCCUGCAACCGAAGCCUAUGCAAAAGAAGCUAUUGAAGCGAUCAAAUCCGAGAAAGUUAUAGCUGUUCCCACUGAUACGCUUUAUGGCUUCGCUUGUGAUGCUUGUUCGUUAGAAGCGGUUAACCGGAUUUAUGAGAUCAAAGGGCGUAAGCUUACAAGCCCUUUAGCCAUAUGUGUUGGCGAUGUAUUAGACAUCAAGAGAGUUGCUACAACAAAUCACUUACCUCAUGGUUUGCUCGAUUCACUCUUGCCUGGUCCAGUUACUCUCGUACUUCAACGAGGUGAAUCAAGCAUUCUUGAAAAGUCCUUGAAUCCUGGGAUUGAUACUAUUGGAGUACGGGUACCAGAUUGUGAGUUCAUUAGGGAAGUAGCGAGAGGUUCAGGCAGUGUGUUGGCUCUUACAAGUGCUAAUCUAAGCGGUGAUAGAAGCAGCGUUUGUGUUAAAGAUUUUGAGAAUAUCUGGCAGCAUUGUGCUUAUGUCUAUGAUGGUGGUUUGCUUCCAUCGGGUCGCGCAGGAUCUACAAUUGUCGAUCUGACUAAUGCCGGAAAGUAUAAGAUCAUUAGAGCGGGAAGCGCAAAGCAUGCAACAGUGGCGAUUCUUGAAAAGUAUUUGCUGGAGGAAGAAGAAGAAGAAGAAGAAGAGUAGCGUUAGUUAAGAGAAGAAAGCUAAAAGAUGAAUGUGAAGUCUGACUUGCAAAAGAAUGCUGAGGUUUUGCUUUGGUUCUUUAAUAGAUCCUUGCUAUUGGUUCAAGAUAUGUAUGUUUAGUUUGUAAUACGAGAAGAUAGUUGUUGAUUUAGAUUUUGAUCGUAUGCUACCUCCAAUUUUCGUGGUACGCAUCUGUAGUUUAAAGAAACUUGGUGGACCGUUUCAUAAUUUUUACUCAAGUUUAUUAUUACUGGUCAUUAAUGGAAUAAGAAUACUAUUAAACCAA